AUGCUUGAGUCUCGGCUUCUGCAGGAACAGGAGAAGCAGGAACGGGAGGAGCAGGAACGGGAGGAGCAGGAACGGGAGGAGUGCUCGGGUUCCUCGGGUGUAGUUAAGGUCCAGAAACAGCUUGACGAUGCCUGCCUGUCUCUCUCUAUCGCCCUUCUGGACCACCCCCUUAAGGGGGACCUCUUUGAAAGCACCGUGAUCGGAUUCCUCGCCGCCCUCGGGGUGGACCCCGCCAAGCAGAUAUUCCGCGAACCCUACGGAUACACCGGCUAUCUCUCCGGACUGGUCAAGAUGGCACAGAUGUUGGUGGUCGAGCGCGCCGUCCAGAUGGCCGACGACGGUACGGUGGCGCACCCCGCAGACGCCCUGGAUGCCAUGCGCGAGCGAUUCCUGCUCCACGGGGUGUGCGCCCCCUUCGCCUGGAUCACCCGUCUGCGCACGUACGGCAAGAAGGUCCAGAACACCACCACCAGUCAGGGCUACAUCUACUGGAGCGACGACGAGCAGACACUGAGCUACAAGGGGCUGCGCCUGACCAUGGCCGGCUUCCGGCGCUUUGUGCGCGUGGAGGUCGAGCUGGCGCAGGCCGAGCUGGAGGAGCUGUUUCUCGUCCACGACGAGGAGGACCGGGGGGACGUGGUCCCGCACCUCCCCCUGGCAGAGCUGCAGGACGAUCCCACGAACAACCAGCGGGGGUGGAACUUCCUCCAGUACCGGCCGAACCGCUCGGUCCUCCCCGUGGACAGGGAGCGCUGGUUGCUGAACCGCGUGCUAACCAGCAACUGGCUCCGGGAGGAGUUCCUGGACGUGGAGAAGACCGACGCCCAGGUGGUCUGGCGGAUGGCCGCCGUGCAUCGCUACCUUAAGCAGGUAGACCAGUUUCUGCAGCGCCUGCUGUUACUCGUCUAUAUUACCGCCGCCCAGCCGGCGCGCGCAACGGAGCUGCUGAGCCUGAGGCACGUCAACUCGGUCCACGGACGGCAUCGGAAUAUCCUGAUCGAGCACGGGCUGGUUAGCACGGUCACCGCGUACCACAAGGGGUACUCCGUGAGCAACUCCACCAAGAUCAUCCACCGCUAUCUGCCCAAGGCGGUCAGCGAGCUGGUGGUGUACUACCUGUGGCUGGUCCUGCCCUUCGCCCAGUCCGUCGAGCGGCUGGUCUACGGGCGCAAGGGGAAUAAAUCGCCGUUCCUCUGGCCCCGCGGGGAGGGAAGCUGGGACCCGGACCGGCUGCGGACUGUUCUCCAGAGGGAGGCCCAGGAGCAGCUCCAGACCAAGAUAAAUAUUCUCUCCUACCGGCACGCCGCUAUCGCGAUCUCGCGCGUCCACCUGAAAUGUGGCGGGUUCAAGCGCGACUAUGGGAGCAACGAUGCAGUGUUCAACGAGCAGGCCUCCCACGGGUCGUGGAUCGCGGGCACGGUGUACGCGCGCGGGCUGCAGGAGGCCCCCGGCCAUGUGGAGGCGCGCCGGCGCCGGUACCGGGCGAUCAGCCGGGAGUGGCAUGGAUUUCUGGGGUUCGAGGCCUACCUCGGCGCGCGCAAGCGCCCGCUGCGUGACACCGACGGGGCCGGGGAGGGUUCUGGUGGAGGGCGGAAGGGCGUGCGAGAGUAUAUUAGCGUGGAGAUGGAUUAG